ACCGUAUUCUUAUCCAAAAAUCCCUAGCUGGCUUCACUCAGCAUGCGGAAAUAAAUAAAUAACUGACAUAUUUAUUUUAAUUUAUAGCUGGGAACUGGGAAAUAGUUUCAUUUUAUUUUCAUUACGUACGUAACUUGUUCGCUUUCGUUUCGGAAACAAAAAAGUUCAGAAAUUGUGCAAACAAAAACGCAUUGAUUUACUUCUUUUAUAGAGGCUCUGGCGUGUUGCAUGCUGAACGCUAAACGCGCCGCGACAAUAGAGCAAGCAUUAUUUCACGCGCAAAAUCCUUUUGCUCCAUCACCUUGAAAUCUUUCCGCUCAAUUCCCUCUUUUUGUUUUUUUUUUGUUUUUUUUGUUUUUCGGUUUUCCCACAGCGCGUGGGCAGCAAAAAAAAAAACUGCCAACAAAACAAAAAACCCACACUCCACACCGAAGCAGCGCGCAAGCCCCUACCGAGUGGCCCCGUCGUCGUUGUCGUCGGUGCGUGCGAGGGUAAGAAGAACAAGAAGAAGAAGCGUAAGCAGAAGCAGAAACACGGCGAAAACACCGUGUCCGCCGCCACAAUUACAAUUUUGCAACGAACAGGAGCCACUGUGACCGCGUCAUGAGCGUGGACACGUAUGCGCCCAGCUCGGCGCUGUCGUUCCUGGACAUGGACGACAACGAGUUGCUGCCUGGUGCCGACACGCAGCCGACCCAGUACGACUACCGCGACUUCACCAUGCCCUCGAACUCACAGAGCCAGACCCAGGGCGAGCUGUUGGAGAUAACUCGCCGUCGCUCGGUUGGAGAGAUGAAUCCACGUUUGGCCAGCAUCACAAACGAUCUCGGGGACUUGCAGUUCGAGGAGGAGGACGACGAGCAUGGCGGUUCGUUUGUGAAGGAGCUGCCGCCGCAUGCCUGCAAGUACUGUGGCAUCCAUGAUCCGUCCACUGUGGUCAUGUGCAACAACUGCAAGAAGUGGUUCUGCAACGGCCGUGGCAGCACCUCCGGCUCCCACAUCAUCAAUCAUCUGGUGCGCGCCAAGCAUCGUGAGGUUACGCUCCAUGCCGACGGGCCCCUGGGCGAGACCGUGCUCGAGUGCUACUCGUGCGGCGUCCGCAAUGUCUUUGUCCUGGGCUUCAUUCCGGCCAAGGCCGACUCUGUUGUGGUUCUGCUCUGCCGCCAGCCAUGUGCGGCCCAGAACUCGCUGAAGGACAUGAACUGGGAUCAGGACCAGUGGAAGCCGCUGAUAGCUGAUCGCUGCUUUCUGCCCUGGCUGGUGAAGCAGCCCAGUGAGCAGGGCCAGUUGCGCGCACGUCAAAUUUCUGCUGCGCAGAUCAACAAGCUGGAGGAGCUCUGGAAGGACAACAUCGACGCCACGUUCCAGGAUCUGGAGAAGCCUGGCAUUGACUCGGAGCCCUCGCAGGUGCUGCUGCGCUACGAGGACGGCUACCAGUACGAGAAGACAUUCGGGCCGUUGGUGCGCCUCGAGGCCGACUACGACAAGAAGCUGAAGGAGUCGGCCACCCAGGAGAACAUCGAAGUCCGCUGGGAUGUGGGCCUCAACAAGAAGACCAUCGCCUACUUCACCCUGGCCAAAACGGACUCGGACAUGAAGCUGAUGCACGGCGACGAGCUGCGUCUCCGGUACGUGGGCGAGAUGUACAGUCCGUGGAACGAGAUCGGACAUGUGAUUAAAGUGCCUGACAAUUUUGGUGACGAUAUCGGCCUGGAGCUGAAGUCAUCCACCAAUGCCCCGGUCAAGUGUUCCAGCAACUUUUCGGUGGACUUUAUCUGGAAGUGCACCUCCUUUGACCGCAUGACGCGCGCCCUCCGCACCUUUGCAAUGGACCGCCAAUCAGUGUCGAAUUUUAUUUACUCACGCCUGCUGGGCCAUGGCCGACCCGAUGCCAACGAUGAUGUGCUCUUCCGCGGCGCCCAGCCGAAGCUGUUCAGCGCCCCCAACUUGCCGGACCUAAAUCGCAGUCAGGUGUACGCCGUGAAGCACGCCCUGCAGCGACCCUUGAGCCUUAUCCAAGGUCCUCCUGGCACUGGCAAGACCGUCACCUCUGCCACCAUUGUGUACCAGCUGGUGAAGCAGCACGGCGGCACUGUCCUCGUGUGUGCGCCCAGCAACACGGCCGUCGAUCAGCUUACAGAGAAGAUCCAUCGCACCAAUCUCAAGGUGGUACGCGUCUGUGCCAAGAGCCGCGAGGCCAUCGACAGUCCGGUCAGCUUUCUGGCGCUGCACAAUCAGAUCCGCAGCAUGGAGACCAACACGGAGCUGAAGAAACUGCAGCAGCUCAAAGACGAAACUGGAGAGCUGAGCUCCGCGGAUGAGAAGCGCUACCGUAAUUUGAAGCGCGGCACCGAAAACCAACUGCUGGAGGCCGCCGACGUCAUCUGCUGCACCUGCGUGGGCGCCGGCGAUGGCCGUUUGUCGCGCAUCAAAUUUACUUCCAUUUUGAUUGACGAAUCCAUGCAGUCCACAGAGCCCGAGUGCAUGGUGCCCGUGGUUCUGGGAGCCAAGCAACUGAUUCUAGUCGGCGAUCACUGCCAACUGGGGCCGGUGGUCAUGUGCAAGAAGGCCGCUCGCGCUGGCCUUUCGCAGAGUUUGUUCGAACGUCUGGUGGUGCUGGGCAUACGACCGUUUCGCCUCGAAGUGCAAUAUCGCAUGCACCCAGAGCUGUCACAGUUUCCCUCAAACUUCUUCUACGAGGGAUCGCUGCAGAAUGGCGUGUGCGCCGAGGAUCGACGCCUCAAGCUGGACUUUCCCUGGCCGCAGCCGGAGAGGCCAAUGUUCUUCCUCGUCACCCAGGGACAAGAGGAGAUUGCCGGCUCGGGCACAUCGUUUCUCAAUCGCACCGAGGCGGCCAAUGUGGAGAAGAUUACGACGCGCUUCCUGAAGGCGGGCGUCAAGCCCGAACAGAUCGGCAUCAUCACCCCCUACGAGGGACAGCGGGCGUAUCUGGUGCAGUACAUGCAGUAUCAGGGCAGCCUUCACUCGCGCCUCUACCAGGAGAUUGAGAUUGCCAGCGUGGAUGCGUUCCAGGGGCGCGAGAAGGACAUCAUCAUUAUGUCAUGUGUGCGAUCCAAUGAGCGUCAGGGCAUUGGAUUCCUUAACGAUCCGCGACGUCUGAAUGUGGCCCUGACCCGUGCCAAGUACGGCAUCAUCAUUGUCGGUAAUCCCAAGGUCCUGGCCAAGCAGCAGCUGUGGAAUCAUCUGCUCAACUUUUACAAGGAUCGCAAGGUGCUGGUCGAGGGCUCACUGAACAACCUCAAGGAGUCCCUCAUCCACUUCCAGAAGCCCAAGAAGCUCGUGAAUACCAUGAACAUGGGCGCCCAUUUUAUGUCCACAAUGGUGGCCGAUGCCAAGGAGGUGAUGGUCCCUGGGUCUGUCUACGAUCGCAGCGGCUCCUACAAUCAGAGCCGUCCCAUCGCCUCCGCCUCCAAUCAGGGGCAUCAGCAUCAGAACGGUGGCAAUUUCGGGAGUCCCUAUCAUAGCUCCCCCCUGGGGUAUGGGGCUCCCAGCAGCAUCGGCAAUGCUGGUUCCAUGGCGCCAGCCCUAGGCGGAGGAGGAGCCGGCGGCAAUGGCAACGGAGGAGGAGGGAAUGGCAACAACAACUAUGGAAACGCGUCAAACAGCAUCUCUGCGGGUGGCGGAGGUGCCGGCACCGGCAACAAUUGGACCACCUCCCAGCAGCCUCUGAUGCAGCACGAUUCGAUUAGCUAUAUAUCGAACGAGCAUGGAGCGGCCGCCCUCAACAACAUGCCCGUGCCAGUGGGAAUGUUCAUGAACAUGAGCAAUCUGCCGCCGCGGUUCUACAAUCAGCAUCAGCAGGCCAUAUCGGCGGCCAAGCAGAACCGUGGCCUGCCGCCUCCGCCAUCGUCGACGGGAGGUAACUUCGCCAUGACUGGGGGCCCCGGCAAUGGAUCCAAUCCUGGGCCCAACGUUGGCAACGGUUCAGCCAGCAGCAGCAACCACUUGGGUGGCGGGGGCAGCAAGAAGAAGUUCCCGAAGAACCGUGGAGCGGAUCUGGGACAGUCCGUCGGCACUGGGACACCGUUCAGCCAGCAGCCGGCAUCGUUGUCCCUGCAGAUGACCCAGCCCGGUGGCUAUACGCUGUCACAGCAGCCAGAGAUGUCACAGGAUUAUGGGCAGAUCUCCCAAAUGGAUGGAUUGCUCUCCCAAGAUGUGUCCUUCAGUGUGUCGGGCGAACGCAGUUUGAAUCAGUUCUCGCAGCCUUAUUGAGAAUCCGGCAAGAGGAGCAACAAGACCCACAGACGAAUGAAUACCAGAAAAUACCAGGGAAAAACACACACGAAACAACAAGAACAGAAAGAACAAAAACACUCAGUUUUUUGGACGACAUCAAUCAAAUGCAGGAGCAGGAGCAAAAGGCAGCAGCUGCAGGCAGCAGAAAGCGCAAAAGCAGGAGAGAAAAACAGGAGAAGAAAACGACAAACCGGAUACUUAGAACAUCUUUUGGGCACACCAUGAUUCAGAGUGGAAAAGCCAAGAGACGGACGACACCACACACACACAACACACACACAAACACCAUAGAAGUGAGACACCGAAUUUGGGGGAAAGCAGACAAACAGAGAGGAGAGCAGACACAGCGGCCGCCGCAGCGCUCCAAUAAUAUGGGGAGUAUUGCCACGGAGACGGACCGGAUCAGAGAAACUGCUGCAGCAGACACUGGCGGCGACGUUAACGACAAAACGCGCCCGAAAAGCAGAUGGGGGCAGGCCACAAACACACACAAAUGUGGGCCAUACAGAGGACCUUGCCCACCCACACGCCCGCCAACACCCCCCCGGUACACUUGCGUACACAAAAAUGGAUGAUAAUGGAUGAUGAUGUUGCCGAUGCCCUGUCGGAUGGCAGGGUUUUUCGUUUUUAUACACAAAACUACUCCACGGCGGACUCUUUGCGUGGAGCCCCCGAAAACCCGCCUUAAGGACACGAAUUGCAACACGAGUUUUUUGUUGCGGCUCACCUUCAGUACAAUUCUUCUUCAGCUCCCCUUCUAUCCCAAAAAACUCACACUCACAAAAACCAUUCAAGCCUUUCUGUUGUACACACUUUGUAGAUCUUUGAAUUCUGUAUGCAUUCGUUGCCCCAGACACACACACACACACACACUUUUUAUAGAAAAGAAACUAAAGAAAGAAAAAACUAAAAACAAUUUCAAACAAACAAACAAAAAGCAAUAACAAAUCAGGAAAUACCUAGAUAGUCGAUGGUUAAGCAAAAUUUUCAAUCACAUGGGAACGCUGGCGGCCCCAAAAACAAAAUCAUAGGCUGCCAAAAAAUAAAUAAAAACAAAAAACGAAAACACAUCCGACGUCAAACGGUACAGACGGAAAUGAUGAUGAUUAUCUAUAGGAUAAGCGUGUGUGAUCUUCCAACAACACCCCACCCCACCCGCCCCCCCUCCCCAACCAACCCCACAAAACACCCGAACCGAAUCAACCCACACAAAGCGCCGCAGGAUCAGGAACGGAACAGAGACAGGUGUGGACCGAACCGAGCGACCAAAUCGGAUCUGGAUGGAGUGGAUGACACAGAGACUACAGAGUUUUUGCACGAAACGAAAUAUGCAAAAUCCCUGUUGUGCGAUGCGAUUGUUGUUUUUAAAACGAUAUAAAUGAAUGGAUGAUGGUAUAUUUUUUCUACUACAUAAAAAAAGAGCAGGUGAAGUUGAUUCGUUCCACCCCCCAACAAAAAAAAAACAAGAAAAUGGAAAACAGAAAUACAAAUAUGUAACGGACCCAGAAGAAAGCACACAAUAAAAUGGUUGUAUUUCAAUAA